AUGAGGAGGCUGGAUGGAGUUUCUCAUGAAUUGAAACUGGUGAACGGCAGAUACUCGGCGGUAGCUUCGGUUACGUUGCUCGACGCUGACCUUCCUUCACCUGCGGAGUUUAUUUGCACUCUCCGAAUACCUUUAGCAAAAUACGCAGUAAAGAAAGAAGCAAUUUACUAUCCGGGGCCCAUCAGCACAACACCUGAGAUGCCGACAGCGGCUGACAUGCAACUCGCUGCAGCUAUUGGCUCUAAAGGAACAAACACGUGUAAAGUUAUAGCAUUGGUUUUGCUACCAGCUUUAGCUCAGUCAGUACUGGCAGUCAAAUGA